GUGCCGGCGGCAGCGGGAGGCGGCGGGUCGUGCCGCCGUGUCGGGGGGAGAGGGGGCGGUGGGCGGCGGGAGAGCCUUCCGGUCAGCGAGCAGCCCUCGGUGCCCGUGUCCCCGUCCCGUGUGAGGGCUGCCGGUGCCCCCCUGCCCGGCCCUGCGCUGCCGCUGCCCCGCGGGAUGCGGGCUCGGCCGGCCCCGUCCUCCCCGCCGGCCGCAGCAUGAGCGCGGCGAGCGACGCGUACCUCUUCAUAAAAGACAUAAAACCCGGACUGAAAAACUUAAAUGUCGUCUUUAUUGUGCUGGAGAUCGGGCGAGUCACCAAGACGAAGGACGGGCACGAGGUGAGGUCCUGCAAGGUGGCCGACAAGACGGGCAGCAUCACCAUUUCCGUGUGGGACGAGAUCGGCGGCCUCAUCCAGCCCGGGGACAUCAUCCGCCUGACCAAAGGGUAUGCAUCUCUGUGGAAAGGAUGCCUGACACUUUACACAGGACGAGGAGGCGAGCUGCAUAAAAUUGGGGAGUUCUGCAUGGUAUACUCAGAAGUGCCAAACUUCAGUGAGCCCAACUCAGAACACAUUGGACAGAACAAACUGGCACAAGGUGAACAGAAUAAUAGUUCUGCAUCAAGUAAUAUGAGUUCUUGUACAUUCGGGCCACUGGGAAACGGUUUACAAACUGGACCUGAAUCAAGUGGAUUCCCAUUUACAUAUAAUCAUGGCCACUCUUAUGCAGGUAGUGGGAGAGGCAAUGGACGAGGACCUGUAAAUCCAGCAACAGCUAACAGUGUUCAGCCUCUUCCCCCUGCUGUCAGUAAUGGGAGGGACCCACGCAGAGCCUAUAAAAGAUGACUAUGCCAAAUGUGGUUGUACAGCUUGCUUAAACUCUACACUCUACUUGAACACUUAUUGCACUUUUAUUUAUGGUUAACUGUGAACCAGUUUGUCCUUUGUUUUUUACCUUUUGAUCUAUGGAGCAAACGAUGUGAUCUUUUGUUUUGCUUAGGGAAGCACAGUGAGUCUUCCCCAUAAAUUAAAGGGGUAGAGGGAGAAGGUGGAUAUAAGGACAUAAGGGUAAUGGUUUGAAGAGCCUCAGUUAAAACUCAGUACUAUUUGCUAAACGGAAGAAAAUUUCAGUUACAUGUAUGUAUUUUUCUGUUUCUGUUGGUCAGCCAUAUAGCCUUAAAAGGUCUGUAAUGUCCUGUGUGCACAUAACGUUGAUUUCCCGUUAGUGUUAAUGGGAGUUCUUCGUACUGGAAGAGAAAUGAGGGAGAAGGGCAAAGCAGCCUUAGUGAACUAGGUGUACUUGGAAUGAAUAUAGCUUGUAAAAGCAAUAAGUGUAAGGAAAUGGUGGUGCCAGUACUUUGUGGUGUGUCCUAAAUCAGCGAAUGAAUAACCCAGACAAAAGUCAAAGACCCGGUGAGCAUGUUGAAACUUGACUUCUGAUUCCAAAAAUCAGUAUGCUAUUUUAAAGACUAAUUCUUCAUCAUGCCAAUUCCAGAGAAGGCAUAUGUUAUUUAAAGAAAAAUUCUCCAUAAUCCACCAUUAUCAGUGUCAAGGAAAGCAACGUUUGUUUUUUUUUUUUGCUUUGGGUAAAAGCCUGGAUGCUCAUUCUUGCUUUGCCUGGAAUGUGAAAGGAAGAUCUAAAUUCAGACAGCAUUGGAGGAUACUGUUAGUAGCUGUAAAAGCUCGAAGUUACUUUACAGGACUCUGAAUCUCCAGGAAAGAAUGAGUUUCACAAACUGUUCUCAAAUGCUGCAUUACAUAUCUCUUUAAUGAGGCUGAGUACUUUUCCUUUAUUCAUUCACUUUUCCAAAUGAAUUUUGUAUUAGAUCAAGUUGUAUGUUUGGAUUGCAGAGACACUGGCCAAGCACACAGCUGCAGUUUUGGUGCUGCUAAGCUUUUCUUCCUCUGUUUUAUAUGGAAUAUCAAUUAUCCCUUAAAGAACUUAACUCUCACCCCACUCUCCCUUGGGGGAAGCUGAGGUUUUUUUUUUUCCAAGAUUACAAAUGCCUUGACCCUAGGUAACUGUCCAGUGCCAUAUUUCAGAUCAGGUUUAAAAAACAACUUUGAAGCUGAGGUGUCAUACUGGAUUCAUCUGUUUAACUCUUCUUUAUAGCUGACCUCUCAAAUAAAAAUUGCACUAACUACUUCAAAAACAAAUUAACUUUCUUUCUGUCAAGCCAUAAAGACUUGAUGACAAAAGGC